AUGUUCGUUCGUUGUCGUUUACCUAGACGACAUCCUGAUCUUCUCCAAGUCGAAAGAGGAGCACGUGCAGCACUUAGAAAGGGUCUUCGAGGUCUUGUAAAGGGAGAAGCUACGUUCGAGCACAUGAAGCAGUCGCUCGCAUCUUCACCGACGCUGUCGUACCCUGAUUCCACUCGCCCAUACGAUGUAGUGACCGACGCAUUAGACCAAGCCAUUGGAGCAGUGCUUCUUCAGGACCAGGGCCGCGGGUUGCAGCCGAUCGCGUACGAGUCACGUAACUUUAGGGGAGCGGAGCUGAACUUUCCGAUUCACGACAAGGAGUCGCUCGCGAUCAUCCAUGCGUAUAAGGUGUGGAGGUGCUACCUAGAGGGGGCAGAUAGUGUUAUACGCACGGACCACUGUUCGCUUCGCUUUCUCAAGUCGCAGCCACGCCUGAGUCGUCGCCAGGCUAGAUGGAUGGAGUUCAUGGAGGGGAGCUUUCAUUACAGGAUAGAGUACAAGCCAGGCGUGCGCAACCCAGCAGAUCCGCUCACUCGCCCUAGUUGCCGUCUCGCUAGUCUCACAGUCACUGCAGGCCAUCCACUUCUCACAGCACUCUUCGAGCACGGUUACACUGUAGAUCCCGACUUCACACCGCAGCCGCCCGCAGGAGCAGAGGUGCAGGGUAGUGUCUAUAUAUGGAAGGGUACAGCACGGAUUUGGGUUCCAGCCUACCGCCCUCUUCAACAGCUACUUCUUUCCGAGGCGCACGAUGUAGUUAGCGCGAGUCACUUUGGAGCACGCAAGACGGCUAAGACGCUUAGUCGCACGUACUUCUGGCCAGGGCUUGCAGCAGACGUAGAGGAUUACAUUCGCUCGUGUGACACGUGUCAGCGUACGAAGUCCUCUCGCCAGCGCAAAGCAGGACUUUUGCAGCCGAUUCCACCGCCCGACCGCCCACGGCAGGUAGUUAAGAUGGAUUUCAUCAUGGCAUUACCGCGCACAGUUAGGGGUCACGACGCCAUCUUCGUUGUAGUCGACAAGUUUUCUCGAGCAGCGCACUUCAUCCCCACGCACGGCCAGGUCACAGCAGAGGAAGCCGCGACAUUGCUCGUCGAUAAAGUAGUCCGACUGUACGGGGAUUCCAUCAUCUCAGACCGCGACCCCAGAUUCGAAUCGAAGUUCUGGAAGCAGCUUUUUGCACUGUUUGGGACUCGCUUAGCCAUGUCGUCUGCGUACCAUCCAGAGAUAGACGGUCAGACCGAGCGCGUGAACCAAACAUUGGAGCAGAUUCUUCGCAACAUCACGAUGCGCGAUGCCACCGCAUGGGACAAGAAGCUGAGCAUGGCCGAGUUCGCAUACAACAACACGCACCACACAGACAUGCCACCGUUCUUCGCACUGUACGGUCAGCACCCCAAUGUCCCCACUCGUGUCGAUCUCACACCCACUGUCCCUCGUGCGGACAAUUUCCACCAGCAUCUUACCUUCUCACGACCACACAGCCCCAACCUCCGACUGCCACAAGACAACAAGCUUCGUCCACAUUUCAUUGGUCCAUUCGUCAUUGAGCGCGCACUAGGUCUAGUCGCAUACCACCUCCGCCUUCCCACUCAUUUCCGCAUAAACCCGUCAUUCCACGUGUCUCUUCUUCGUCCUUACACCGAUCCCAACACAACUUUCUCGGGCUGUGAUCGCACUCCACUUCCGGUAGCUGUUGACACCGACAAGCCCGACUACCAGAUCCAACGCAUUCUCAGGCACGUCCCUUUCAUCGACUUCUUGGUUCGUUGGCGUGGUUACGAUGCAGCCGACGACAGCUGGGUCCCUUCAUCCUCACUGUUUCCCGACAACGCUUGCCUCCAAGCGUACCUUCAGUCUGCAGGCGCCGCGGACGUCGCCUCCUUGGGAGGGGGGUAG